AUGUCCUUCACAAAUGAAAAUCUUUUUCGGAGUUCUUUUGGCAAAGCCCUUAAAACAGAACUUCUAAACUUAUUUACUAGCCCUGAUGAAAUUGAUCUCAUUCCCCCUAUUCAAGAUCAAGAAGAAUUCAAUUAUGCUUUUGCAAAAUGUGGUCAGUUGUGGCAGUAUCUUGUAAAAAGGCAAAAAGAAAUGAAACAGCCAAUUUAUGAGAGGCCUACAUUUGCAAUUCAUGCCUUGCAAACUUUCAUGCCAUUAAGAUUAGUGCCAUUUAUGUCAUCAAGUCCAUUGUUGGAAUUGCAAUCCAAACUUCAAACAACAAACCUUUACAAGGAGUUUAUAAAAGAUUAUGAGCUAGAAAUCAAAGAACAGACAUACUGGUCUCAUAAACCUCUGUGGGCAAGCAAUCCAAAAACUUAUGGAAAAGUGCUUCCAGGAUGGAGUAGAUUUGGCAAAUCAAUUGGAUUAUGUAACUUGAAUCUCUUCAAAGUUGAAACUUUGGGUGUAGAAAUUUCUAAAUACUGUACAUUUGACAGGAUGAUAAAUAUCCUCAAGAUGCCUGGUGCUGAGAAGGCUAUGAAGUUGCUUUGUAUUUACUUCUUGGGAUCACUCAAUGCUGAAGUCAUUAGAGGCAAUGAAAACUGCAAAUUAGCUGAAUUCCUAGUGGCAGAAGGUGUCUUAAUGUGUGUUGGAGAUAUUGAGGCAUCACAAAAAUUUCAAAUAAAUGGUACCAUGGACACUCUAGACGUCUUAUUAAAUGUUAUUCCUUUUUUUGAAAAAGACAUUAUUGGUUAUGCUUCUGCUCAUUCAUUCAAAAAAGCACUUGUGCCUGUAGGAGGUUAUAACAAUGUAAAUGUUCCUAGAGAAAGUGUGUAUCAAACAGAGUUGGAUAGAAUCUUGGUAAAAUGGCUUGGUACACAAAGAAACUUUGAGGUCACAGGGCAAUGGCAUUUAACACAGCCUCCAAAGAAAAAGAAUAAAGGUGGUAAACAUCAAUAUUGUGACAUAGUGAUAAUGGGACCUGAUAGUUCUUCUCAGCCAAUAGUUAUUCUUGAGCUUUUAGCAACUGGAACACAAAAUAAUCUUGAUGAGCAUUAUGAAUGA